AUGAUUGUUAUGCAUAAAACUCAAACAAAACUCCUCCCACCACAGGCAAACACGGCAGCUGAAGCAAACAAGGGCAUGUUUAUGCGGAAGCCAGACAAGGCGGCGGCGCUGAAGCAGCUCAAGAGCCACGUGGCCAUGUUCGGAGCUUGGGUCGCCGUGGUUCGGGCCACCCCGUAUGUUCUCCACUACCUGUUCGAUCAAAAUGAACCGCUGAAGCUCGAGCUCUGA